UUUAAAUUGUGUGUGUCUUACCCUGGUUAAUACGUGGAGAAAGUGGCGCUUGGUUUUGCGUUUGCCUAUCGCGGGACUGCCUGGUUUCGAUCUGCUAAAUAGUGAGGCGUGGCCAGCUGACUUCAAUCACAGGUAAUCAGGCUAAUACAAAUGCGCUAAGUUUCACCGCGGCAGCGGUCGUGGCAGCCCUCGUGUGAUCCCUCCUCGUGUGAAGACCGACGAGUGUAAAGACAAUCGACUCUACCUGCGCGACUCCACCGAGCAAGGACACCGACAGGGCACUUGAUUGGUCUCUGGAACUGCCAGUCUGCAGUUAACAAAGCAGACUUCAUUUGUUCUCUUGCUACUCAUUCCGGUCUCAACCUCAUGGCACUGACAGAGACUUGGAUCAAACCUGAAGAUACUGCCACCCCUGCAGCCCUCUCCACUAAUUUCACUUGUUCCCACACUCCUCGUACCACUGGGAGGGGUGGAGGGACAGGUCUCCUUAUAUCAAAAGAAUGGAAAUUUGAUCUUCAGCCAUCACCUACAGGUCAAUUGGGAAACUUCUUGGAGGAGUUGGAUGUGCUGCUAUCAAACUUUCCUGAAGAUGGUACUCCUCUGGUACUGCUUGGUGACUUCAACAUCCACCUAGAUAAACCCCAGGCUGCUGACUUCAAAACUCUGCUCACCUCAUUUGAUCUCAAGCUAGUGUCUACUACAGCAACUCACAAAUCAGGCAACCAACUGGACCUCAUCUACACGCGCUGUUGCUCUGUGGACAAUUCUUCAGUUGCUCCACUGCACACCUCAGACCACUUCCUCAUUACUGCUAACCUAGCACUUACUCCUGAAGUGCCUCACACCCCAACGCAGGUCACCUUUCGACGGAACCUACGCUCACUCUCUCCAUCUCGCCUAUCUUCUGUGGUUUCAUCCUCGCUUCCUGCACUCUCUCAGUUCUCUGCUCUGGACACGAACAGCGCUACGGACACUCUUUGCUCCACUUUAACAUCUUGCUUGGACAACUUUUGCCCACUGUUGUCUAGACCAGCACGCACUGCCCCAUCUGCCCCCUGGCUGUCUGAGGUUCUCCGUGAACAUCGCUCUAAACUCAGGGUUGCAGAGAGGAAAUGGCAGAAAUCAAGAAACUCUACAGACCUCAGUGUGUAUCAGUCUCUCCUCUCUUCCUUCUCUGCAAAUGUCUUCACGGCUAAAACAUCCUACUACCACAACAAAAUUAACAGCUGUUGUGACGCUCGGACACUCUUCAAGACUUUCUCUUCUCUUCUUAAUCCGCCGCCACCACCUCCUCCAUAG